AUGAAUCUUGAUAACGAAAAACCUGUAACAAGAAAUGUUAUGUCCCGUAGGACACCGAGUAUUUUGGUUACAGACUCCCGUUCCACAAAGAUUAGGGCAAGCGCACCAUUUGCAGGGAAUGCUAAAACCCGUAAGGAUAGUUACGGCGGCUCUUACCCCUCUAUUAUGGAAAAUAUGCCAGGUAUGAGGGCGGCAAUCGGCUCACGUGGGUACGUACCGGGACAAACGACAGCGAGACAUAAUAAGUUAGGAAGGUUUAGUGGUAUAACUAUGGAUAAUAUAUUGUCGGAUGUAUCAGAUGUUCCAUCUGGAAGGCGAGAAGAGCGAUUAUCUUCAUCUUCCUAUGAUUCACAUGACAGGUUUCGUACAAUGCAGAACAAUAAAAUGAUCAGGCCGCUUCCAUCUAGAACGUCUAAAACGUCCGAGAAGUUGGUGUUAAUUCCAGAGGAGAAUUCUAAAAGGGCAUCUGAUUUCCAUAGGCGAAAUUUGAGGAUUUCUGACUCUUCCUACCGGGAACAGCCUGGCGCGAAACUCCCGAGUAUUACUGCAUACAACGUUGCUGAAGGGUUUAAUCUGAAACUCACUUCGCAAUUUUUAAAGGAGACUCACGAUGUAUCGCCUAGAAGAUAUGAUGAAUGUCUCUAUUUACCUUAUACACUUCCGUUGUUACCAGGUAAGGACGGUUUCCGAAUUAAAUCUAAUAUAUCGAAGAAGACCAUUGGCGGCAAGACUUUAAUAGAUAGGUUAAUUGAUACCAGUGAGAGACGGGACCAUCAUUUUGAAUACUAUUCUGGUGUGGAGACGGUGGGAGAUAUUUUAAAUAAUUUUGAACUUAAUGACAGGAAUAACAGGGAUCUGGAAGGACUGAGAAAUGGAGAUCACUUGGCAGCGAUAAAUUCGCAACAAUUUGACCCUAGUGAACCUCAGUAUUUUGCAGAGCAGGUCCUAGAAGACUCCAUUGGUCAGGAAAAUAUAGAUAAAGCCGUUGACAAUCAGGUCCUGAAGAUAAAACCGCCAGACCAACAACAUGCGGAAAUAUUUAUCUUCAAUUAUGGUGUUGUAGUAUUUUGGAACUUUACUGAAAUACAGGAGAAAAAUAUUUUGGGUGACAUUGCCUUUUCUGGAGUCAAGAAUAUGGUUAUAAGGCCUUUAGAUGAACAGGAUAUUGAAAUUGAGCAAUUCCACUUUGAUUACGAUAUGGAUACAGAACGACCGCGUAUUUUUAAUGAUAUUAUAACGUUGAGGUCUGGCGACCACAUUAUAAAAUUAACUCUUUCCCAUGCGAUUGCUCAAUCAACUAAGCUAGCUAGAUUUGAAAAGCGGAUUUCGCCAAUUCUUGGAACUGUGUCUAAGUUGCCUCGAAGGUUGGCACUUUACGGUUCUCUUGGUUUAAAAAGAGAACAGCUUUUGAAAAAGUCAGGCAAGUUAUUCAAAUUAAGAGUUGACGUAAAUCUAUCUUCCAGUGUGCUUGAUACGCCCGAAUUCUUCUGGUCUUUUGAACCAAGUUUACAUCCCCUAUACGCUGCAAUGCGCGAAUACUUAGAAAUUGAACCUAGAGUUCAAGUUUUAAAUGAUCGUUGCAAAGUGUUUUUAGAAUUUUUUGAUAUUUGCGUUAAUUCUAUUGCAGAAAGGGAUAUGGCUAGGAUCACUUGGUGGUUAGUAAUCGUGAUCUUUGUAAGUGUUUUGGUUUCCACUUCUGAGAUAUUGGUGAGGUAUUUUAUUAUAAAGAGACAUUCCUGCGGUUAG